AUUGGCCUUCUGGGUAGCUUCUCUGUGUCCUUGCUUAGCAAGCGUACGCUGUACGGGUGGAUUUGACAGAAGGCUGUUGGGGUCCAGGUCACAUCAUCCUUCUUUCCACCUCAAAAAUUAUCUUAAUCUUACAAUGUUGGCGGCCAGGUUCCUUCUCCGUCGUUCCCUCCCUGCUUUUAGGCAAACUCGGUGCUACGCCGAUGCGCCCUCCGCUGCUGCGCAGAUGUCCUUCACUUUCGCCUCGCCAACUCAGGUGUUCUUCAAAGAGGCCAGCGUGAAACAGAUUGAUGUUCCAACGCUGACAGGCGCUUUUGGUAUCCUGCCCGCUCACGUUCCUACGCUGCAGGUCCUCAGGCCGGGGGUGGUCACCGUGUUCAGCGAUGACGGCUCAUCCACCAAGUACUUUGUGAGCAGCGGAUCUGUCACAGUGAAUGCUGACUCUUCUGUGCAGCUGCUGGCGGAGGAAGCUGUGCCCCUGGACAGCCUGGACCUCGCUACAGCUAAAGCGAACCUUGAAAAGGCCCAGUCCGACCUGCUCAGCACCUCAGAUGAAGUGGCCAGGGCAGAGGUGCAGAUCAGCGUAGAGGCCAAUGAGGCCAUUGUGAAGGCGCUGGAGUAGAGCUCAAUCGAGUGGUAGAGUGUGGAAUUAGUGUAAAGGUGGAUGUGACUGUUUUCCUUCCCCUGCCCUGUUAAAUCCAUAAGUGAACGGCAACUUUGUACAGUGAAUGAAAUUACCAAUAAAUUUAUUUGGAAUAAUCAA